AUGACUCAUGGUAUUUUGAUUUUGUAAUUUAGUACUUUAUUUUGGAGUAGGAGAUUUUGCCUUAUAAAUGCAAACAAUAAUGAAUGACAAUCAGAAGUAAUUAGUUUAUCGAUUAUUCAGAUUGUAAAGAAUAGUGUUCCCUUAAAAUAAAUAUUCUAAAGAUCCAACUAAAACAUCAAAAAAAGGAGAGCAAGAGAUAUGUUUUAUAAGUGUAAUUUGUUGUGAGUAAAAUACAUUUCUGAUAGAUUGUAUUUUUUUAUUAUAAGAUAGCUUAAUAUGAACUUUGGGGUUUUGGAAAUUCUUAAUUUGCUUAAUUAGGUUUAUAACAACCAUUUGUAAAUAUGCCUGUAAACAUUUCAUAAAUAACUUAAAAUUCUUAUAAAUUAGUAAAUUCUGGAACCGGUUUUGUUGUUGCUUACUCAACAAAUAAAAAGAUAUUUGUUUGGGGUAAUUGGCACUAAUUAAAUUAUGGGGAAGUCUUUAAACUCUCCGAAAAAUAAGGCUUCACAGAAUAGAUAGACACAUUUUAUUAAAUAAGCAGUUUGGAUAUUACUUACAAUUUUUCUAUAAAUAGAUAAAAUGAAAUUGAAAGAAGAUCUAGUCAUUUGCCUGUUCACUAAGCUGAAAUCUUAGCAGUGAAAUGUAUAGGAACAACAACUUAUCUUUUAACUCCAAAUAAAUUAUAUUGUUUAGGAUUACAAUUAUAAUUUACAGUAUAAUUCAUAGGAAUAGCUUGUAGUUAAAAGCAUAUUUUAGCAUGGGAUGAUUAGGGUAAAGUUUGGAGUUGGGGAGAAUUCGCUGAUGGUAAGUUGGGCUAUAUGGAUUUUAAUUAGAAGGAGUAAUUAAGUCCCAAAUAAAUAGAAGAUUUCACAACAAAGAUAGUAUCUUGUGCAUGUGGAUCUAAUUAUAGUAUAGCUCUUGAUGUAAAAGGAGAUAUAUAUGGUUGGGGUAAAGGACCAUUCUAAAUGGAUUUAUCAAAAGCAGUUACACCAGUCAAACUUUGUUAAAAAUAGAAACCUUUCAUAAAAAUAAUGGCUGGUGAUUCUCAUUUUGGUGCAUUAGAUUUAUCAGGAUAAUUAUAUGGAUGGGGAAUUAAUAUUAAGAAUUGUUUAGGAGAUUUAGGAGAUAAAGUGAGAUAUCCAUAAUUAUUAGAAUUGAAAAAUGUUAAAGUAAUCGAUGCUGCUAUGGGUAGCACCUUUACUGUUCUUAUUGUUCCAGCUAAUUCAAAAUAUAAAUUACCAAGUUUAAAUGUUGAUUAGUAUACUUCAUAUUAAUAGAAGAGAGUAAGAGAAGAAGCUUCUUAUAUGAAAGAUUUUGCAGAUAAAAAAAAUAAAAUAGAUUAAAUCUAAAUGUAAACUCAAAUUCAAUAUUUUUGUGAUACCAAUGAAUCUCCUUCCAAAUAUACAUAAUAUGAAUAAACUGCUGGUUUGUUGAGAAAAAUGAAAAGUUAAGUUGAUUCUCUUAAAGGAGUUCCGCCAAAAAAUAAAUGGAAUACUAGAUCUCUAAGAUUAGAUACUGAUAUUAUUAGUUAUCAUACUCAGGUAAAUUAAGAUUAUGAUGAUGUAUAAUCUAAAUUGAAAUAAUUAGAAUAUCAAAAUUAUCUCUAUAUACCUGUGUGUAAUACUUCUACUCCAACAUCACAAACAUGGGAAUAACAUUCAGAUAUAGAUUAAUUGCUCAGUCAUGAAAAUGAUGUUUUGAAGUAUUAAUACAUUCUAAUGGUUAAGUCUUAAGAUGAAUCUAAAUUUAUGAAGACUUUAUUAAAUGAUCACAAAAAGAAUUCAUUUGAAAAUCAAAUAAAUUUAUAAUUACAAUCUAAAACUGCUAAAAGAAAGAGUGAUGAUCUUAAUUCAAGCGAUAAGAAAAAAUACCAUGAUAAAUUUGAUCAAUUUGAUCCAUAUUUCCUUUAUAAUGUUAAAAGAGACUUAAAGUCAUUAUCAUAAAAGAGAAAACAAAUCUUUUUAAAGAAAUAAAAAUUAAGAGAAGAACUUAAUAAAGAAAUUACAGAAAAAAUGUAACUUAAGAAAUUUCCAAUCUAAAAUAAAGAAGAUAUUAUUAAAACUAUUUAAGCUUAAGCAUAUGAAAGAGAAAUGAAACUCAGAAUCGUUCAAUAAAAAAAAUAAGAUAAUUUUGUAGAAAAAAUACAUCAUAUUCAAUAAUCAAUUUAAGAAAAAUCUCCAGAAUUUAGAUAUAAAAAAAGACUUGAAAUUAUCAGACAAUAAUAAAAUAUUUAAUUAUUUCGAAUGAUUUUAACUUAUUUUAAUAUGGAGAAUAUUUAUCAAAUGAUGUAAGAUACCUCUUAAAGAGGUUUAGAAUUGAAACGUUUAAUGUUUAAAGAACACAUGAAAGCUAGAGUCAUUUAAAAUACAAUUAGAAAAAGAAAUAUCAUUAAAAAAAUUAAAUAGAAACUAGGUUUAAGAUAAAAAAAGAUCUUGUUAUCAUUUAUAUUUAGAUUUAAAAUUCAUUUUAGAAUUAAAUCUAAAUAUACUCAUAUAAGAAAAAUCAAUUUAUUUAAUUUAAGAAGAUAAUUAUUUUUAAAAUUUAGAAUCAAUUUAAAAACAAUCAUAACAUAAACUUAAACAAUUUAAAAAUUUUGUAAAUGGUAUAAUCAUAAUUUUUAAGUUUAAUUAAGUUAUUUAAAUUAUAAAUGGGAUGAAUAUUUAAAGUAAAGUUUUAAAGGCUAGAUGACAGAAAAAGAUAGAGAAGAAUUAAAAUAACAUGAAUUACCACAUCUUAUUGAAAAAUAACAACAUCUUUUCGAGAAACUUAUUAUGCCAUAAAAAUCAUAAAACUGGAAUGAUCUUAAAUUUAAACUUAAGCCAGUAUUUAAAGCAACAGAAUUAAGAACAAAUUUAUUAAAAAAAGUUAAAACUGUUGUAUAAAUUGAUGAAGAUAUUAAAGAUAUCGAUCCUAAAAUUAUAGGAAGAGUCUUACUACCAUAUACCAAAUAUUUUGAUAAUAUUGCUCUUAGUGUCGCAGCUAAGAUAAGAUUUGAUUAUCAGAUGAUGAUAUAGAUGUAGGUUCAUGAAAAAGUCUAUAUGGAAGAAUUAGUAGUAAAAUAUGAAAUUCUUAAGGAACAUCUCUUAAAAUUAAGAAGAGAUUUUAUUAGAUAAAUGAGAGAUGUAAUUUAUCUAUUUUAUUAUUUAAGUUUUAUAUAAAAUUAAAUGAUUAUAAAGAAACCCAUAAGCAAUAAAUUAAUAUCGACAAAGGAAAAUUGAUGAUUAGGUUUAAAGCUGAUGGUCCUGAAAUUAAAUAAUUAAAGGCUAAAGAUGAUUAAGAAAUUAAAUAAAUUUUAUAAAAAAGAGAACUUUCAAGAAGAAGAAAUUUAUAAAAUUCCAUAAUUUUUAAAGAAAUAAUUUUUAAUAAAAUUCGUCAAUUACCAUAAGAUUAAUAACCCUUUCCAAAUUUAAUAUUAAAAUUAUCUGAAAAUAUGUGUUCUGACAUAAAACCGAAAUUUAAGCUGAGAUUUAAUCUAACGGAAUGGUCAAGGCUUUUUAAUUAAUAUUAAACUGAAAUAAAAUAAAGAUAUCUAGCAAUAAUGAAUGAAGCGAGAAAAGCUGCUGCACUUAGAACAAAACAAUUAAAAUAGAACAAAUUGAUUAAAAAGAAAAAAACUUAAAAGACAGAAUAAUGA